AACCCAAAUAGUCUCAGAGUGCAUCCAGAGCAGACACACAAAACCUGCUCAGUGCACAGAUCUCAGGAUCGUGAUGGUGGGGAAAACUGGAGCUGGAAAAAGUGCAACUGGAAACACCAUCCUGGGACAGAAAACAUUUGAAGAAGAACUUUCUACUGAAUCUGUGACUGUGAAAUGCCAACAGCAUCAGCAGACAGUAGAAGGUCGAAGCAUCUCAGUGAUAGACACUCCAGGACUGUUUGAUACGUCAAUCAGUGAAGAACGACUGAAGCAUGAAUUAGUGAAGUGUGUAGAAAUGUCUGUUCCUGGUCCUCAUGCGUUUCUGCUGGUCAUCAGACUGGACGUGAGAUUCACAGAAGAAGAGAAAAACACAGUUAAAUGGAUUCAGAAGAACUUUGGAGAAGAAGCUGCACGUUAACCAUCGUUCUGUUUCACUAGAGGUGAUCAGUUAAAAACAUCCAUAGAGGAGUUUCUAAUCAAAAACAAGCAGAUUGGAGAGCUAGUUGAACAGUGUAAAGAACGUUAUCAUGUGUUCAAUAACACAAAAGAAGAAAAUCGAUCACAGGUCACUGAACUGCUGGAGAAGAUCCACAGAAUGGUGAAGGAGAACGGAGGAGAGCAUUACACAAAUGAGAUGUACCAGGAAGCUCAGCGAAAAAUAGAGGAAGAAGAGAAGAGGAAGAGAGAAGAAGAGGAGAGACAGAAGUUGGAAGAGCAGGAAAAGAUAAGAGAAGAGGAAAGAAAUAGGCUGAAAAAGGUGGCCUUAACAGGUGUAGUAGUUGGUGCAGGAGCAGCAGUUGUAGUUGGUGGAGGGACACUUGGU